GGGCGGGAGGCGGAAACAAUAUGGCGGCGGCGGCGGGAGGUUGGCUGAGGGGAUGCGCGAAGCUGAAAAGAAAUAUGCCAGUGUACUUGGCUCCUUGGAGGGCUUCUCCAUGUGCCUUUCGAUCCUCCAGAUCUGAACCCAUGCCAAAUCUAGCCAGUGAUGGAGUUGUCUGUGCUCCACUUCAGACAUUCACUGAAGAGGAGACAAUGCUGAAAAAUAUGGUGACAAAGUUUGCUCAGGAGCGAGUUGCACCUUUGGUACAGAAAAUGGAUGAGAAUUCAAAAAUGGAAGACUCUGUAAUACAAGGAUUGUUUGAACAAGGGCUGAUGAGUAUUGAGCUUGGGGAAGAAUAUGGAGGAACUGGAGCUUCAUUUUUUUCCAUCAUAUUGGUGGUGGAAGAAUUAGCCAAAGUCGAUCCAGCUGUAUCUCUUCUAUGUGAACUCCAAAAUACACUAACAAAUAAGUUGUUUACCACAUAUGGAACAGAAGAACAAAAAAGAACUUACUUGCCCAGAGUGGCUAAAGAUACGAUAGGUAGUUUCUGCCUUUCGGAGGCUGGAUCUGGCAGUGAUGCUUUCUCUUUGAAGACUCGGGCUGAAAAGAGAGGAGACUACUAUGUCAUCAAUGGCUCAAAGAUGUGGAUUAGUUUAGCAGAACAUGCAGGAGUUUUCUUCGUGAUGGCAAAUACAGAUCCAUCCUUAGGAUACAGGGGAAUUACAUGCUUCAUAGUAGAUCGUGACACAGAGGGGCUACAUGUGGGGAAGAAGGAGGACAAGCUUGGAAUCAGAGCGUCUUCUACCUGUCCAGUAACGUUUGAAAAUGUUAAGGUUCCUGAGACCAAUAUCCUGGGGCAGGUUGGACAAGGCUAUAAGUAUGCAAUUGGAAUGCUAAAUACUGGCAGAAUAGGUAUUGCUGCACAGAUGUUAGGACUGGCACAGGGCUGUUUUGACCACACAAUUCCCUAUACAAAGGAGAGAGUCCAGUUUGGGAAAAGUGUAUUCGACUUCCAGGGGAUGCAACACCAGAUAGCUCAGGUGGCCACACAGUUGGAGGCAGCCAGGUUGCUGACCUACAACGCAGCCCGUCUUGCAGAAACAGGAAGGCCAUUCAUAAAGGAGGCAAGCAUGGCCAAGUACUACGCUGCUGAGGUUGCAACACUGACAACUAGUAAAUGUAUUGAAUGGAUGGGUGGUGUUGGCUUCACAAAAAAUUAUCCAAUAGAAAAGUAUUACCGUGACUGCAAGAUAGGUACAAUAUAUGAAGGAACUUCAAAUAUCCAGUUGAGCACCAUUGCAAAAAGCUUAGCAAAGGAGUACUGAAACCAGAAGGACUCAGGACUGCUAGUGGAGUUGUUUCUCUGAACAUUCAUUGUGAAUUACACAUUCGUUUGUAAUCAUAAAAAUCAUUAAUAACAUCAUAAAUAGGAAUACCUGAUCACAGAUGAAAUCGUAAGGAAAACCAUGAACCAGUUUCAGAGCAGCAAGUGUGUAAUUCAUCUGGAAUCGUGAAUUCCACAUUCAAAUCCAAAUCCUGGGUUAAAAAGUAUUUCUUUCUGCCUGAGGGACUUCUAAGCUAACACACUGGCUGGUUGCCUUAGGUUAUGCCUGCAGUGUAUCUUCACUUUGAGACUUCAAAGUGAAAACAAAAGAAGCCAGACCCUUGGCUUGCCUGGUAUGAAAGAUUCUGUUAAGCCAUCUGGGAGACAAGACACUACACACGCAGCAGAACUGUUGCAGGGUGUGAAGCUGCUGUUUGUUCAUGAUGCCCUUUAUUAGCAUGGAGAAGAGAGAGAAAUAGAAGUGAUAGUUUCCUCUCUCCCAGGUGGAGUGAUGUCUGUGGAGCUGCUGUAAUUGGAGUAAUUUUUAUAGUAGCCCUCAGUGUGUUCUUAAGUAUAUCUUGGUAAUUAAGCCCUUCCAGCCCCAAUUUGUAGUACUGAAAGGUAGAUAAUAUCUACCUCUCUUUCCAGCUUUCUCAGCUGUUAAGGGUUUUAAUCUAAGAGGCUAUUUAUAGUUUUCCUUUCAGAAAAGGUUGAGUUGAAAUCUUUGUGAAAUUGGGUAAAAAAAGCUCUAGUAGUUCUGCAAAAAGACAGAUAUAAGCUAGGUAAUGGGAGUGCUAUGAUACUACCUCACAGUGGCCUUUCCAUGUUCAAUGUAUUUUACAAACUUUAACCCUCAGAGCCCUUCUGGGGGUUAGGGAGGGACUGUUAAUUUGCAGCCUAGAAAACUCGCUCAUGGAAGUUAGUGGUUCACUGGCAAAGUUUUUCUCCUUUUGAGAGAAAGAGAGUGGGAUUUGGGGAAGUAUUUGCUUUUCUCUCUGUUUAUUUUAUAAUCAGACAUUUUAUUUACAGUAGAAACCUCUCCAGUGCUGGAGAUCUCAUUAAGAAUCAAGAGAUAGAAAGCUUAAUAUAUGAAAAAUCAUUAUAAUUGCUGUAAUUGGCAAUUUGCCUCAAGUGUUUUGGGGAGGGAAGGAUUGGUUUUGUGGUUUUGGCUGACUUAGGAGAAUCUCAGUCACUGAUGAUUCACUUGGAGUGGAGUUUACAGUGUUACAGGCUGAGAGUCCCGAAGGAUUUCUGAGCAAAACUGGGGUAAAUGACACUUAACAAGUGUGGUUUUGUAAAACAAGCAGAUGGCAGUGCCUUAUACAAAGAAACAAGUGAAGAGGAGCAGCGCUAUUACAGACUUUCCUUACUUUCUGUCAGCUUCAAAGGUGUCCCUGCCCAUGGCAAGGGGGUUGGAACUGGAUGAUCUUAAGGUCAUUUCCAACCCUAACUAUUCUGUGAUUCUAAAUGCCCGCUUUAGUGAAUUAAUCCCCCUGCAUGGGCUCUUUGCGUGUUGAUAGGCAAAGAAUUAAUGUGGUAAUUCUCCUUAUACCUAUAGAAAAACCCCCUCCCAUAUCAGUUUGAUCAACAACUGUGAAAUCUUCAACAAUAAAAGAGUAGGAGGGUAGAUUAGAUGAUUUCUGACGUUCUCUUCUAGCAUUAUUAUUACAACUAUUACCAUUAUUAUCAUUAUUAAUGCAUUUCAGGUUGUUUGCAGGUUUUCUCUCAGCUGAACUGAAAUGGCUGGGGAGGUUGUUAGACUAGAAUUGAGACUACAGAUGCUGCAACAGUGAACUACAGUUAUUCUGCUCAAUAUAGUCUUAUCUGCAAGUCUAAAAUGAUCAUAACCGCACUACAAAAUGCUUGUGUUAAGGUUGAUUAAUGUGAUGAGUUGUGCCAAUGUGAGGCAGUCCUUAGCUGCGGCAGUUUAGGCUGUUUUGCUGACGUGUGUCAGCAGAGAUCAGGUUUUGAUUCAUACUUGUUAAUAGGUCUCCUAGUUUGGGGUACUAUUUUAGCUUGGCUUCUGCAGUUAUGCAUGAGGCUAGGAAGUGAGUGGCAAUACUUAACUACUUACUAUAGUGCUAAAAGCAAACCCUUUAUGGAGGAAAGUGCAGAGCUCUUUGAAGGACUGUGAAGGGCUGGAUACCCAGGUUUAUAUAAAAGGACUGCUUUAGUCCAUGAAACAACCUGAACAGGCUCAUCAGCUACUCAGCAGUUCUCAGAAAUACAAGGUCAAGCCUUUGCCUAAUGUUACAGCUGUAAAUAUUCCACAUCUCUCAGUUCUAUAUACUGUAUUCUGUACACAGUAACUGUUGAAAGAAGUGUCUGUGUUGUAUUUGAUUUUUGUCCACAAAAUUCUGUGGAGAAGCAUAUGCACAAAUGAAUUAGAACCACUGACUUUCUUUCAUCCUUGUUUUAAAAGGGCAUGUACCAUUGUGGAGAGUUAUUCUGGGAAGAGGUCACUUGCUUCAUCCCCUUAAGUGUGAUUCCAUUGCUGCACUAAAUGCAGAUGUUGGUUUAGUAGUAAGAUGUGCUGUGCUGUUGUGCAGGAGCUGUUAAGAGCUGCCUGCAUUCCCCACCCUCUGUUCUGUUUGGGACAGGCAUUUAUGGAUUGUCUGCAUUAGGCACUGUGGGCACAGGUCUGGUGGUGGUAGCUGGCUGCACCAGUGGCAGGCCAUGUGUGCUAAUGACAGGACUCAAAACUGCUUUAUAUUCCAUAUAUAUUUACACAACUAGAACAGGUUGCUCAGAGAGGUGGUAGAUGCUCCAUCCCUGGAGACCUUUCAAGGCCAGGCUGGAUGUGGUUCUGGGCAACCUGAUCUAAUUGAAGAUGUCCCUGCACAUUGCAGGGGGUUUGGACUGGAUGAACUUUGAAGUUCCCUUCUAACACAAACUACUCUGUGAUUCUGGGGAGCUUUGCCUUUAUGUGCCCUUCCUCAGCCCAGUCAAUCCAGUCUAUUUCCUUGGAACAGCAUCUUCAGUAUCAGAUGUUGCAUCUGGGCUUCCCUGAUUUAGAAGAAAAGACCUGUAUUGAGAAUGUAUUAAAAAGGGCCUGAAUUUUAUACGUGACUUGAUCCAGUGCUAAUCUUGUAUAUCAGGUGAUGGUUCUCUAACAGUCUGCCAUUUAAAUUUUUUCCCAGAUUUUGCAGUUUUUGUGCUAGGAGAGAAUGAUGGUAUCAUCCGUCAGUUUUCCUUAGUUUUAUUGUGCUUUGGGAUAAAGGUCUGAGGCAGAUUUCCACAGAAACGUUUAAUCGCUACUUGGGAAGUGCUCAAAUACAACAUUUCAUAUGAUGUUUUCUGUGCUGUUAUUCUUUCUUCCACAUUUGCUUUUCCCCAUGUAAAGAUUGUGUUAGAAAAGGUUUAUGUGAAAUAUAAAGUAAUUGUUCAUUGGGAGCCUUUUGCUAUGUAAAGAAUUUUCUAAUUAACAUGUUAUUGCAGUUCCAUUUGGAAAUCUUUUGGUGAGAGGCACAUUUCAAGCUCUUCCUUCAAGCUAAGCUCGAUUUGAGACACAUUCUGCUUCGAAAGCAGCUCUGACUUUCAGAGCUUGCUUACUGCAUGCACCAUAGCUGAAGAAAUGUAUUCAGUGUACCAGUGUCAUAGGUCUUCUCCUAAGAGAAUUACCUGCAAGUGGUUAACAGCUACCACAAACUUCUUAAAUAUUUACCUGUUAUCAUUGUGCAUUGUGUGUGAUGGGGACACAAAUCAAGCGAGAGCUGAUGGGCAGAUGAAUAUGCAUUAUAUAAUUCCCAAAGAAUUCCCACACAGUUCAUCAUUUUAUGCUAUAUUGAAAUGCAGUCAAUUGCAGAGUGUUUUACAAGGAGCUGUCUUCUCUGAACUGUAACUCCUUGCUCCAGGUCCUGGUGAGGGGGCAUGGCUGGAAGCUUUACUGAUAUGACUGUAAGAUUAACGUAGUAUGGUUGAUUGCAUACACACAGGUGAGAGGAAGCAAGAGUUCUUUCCAAGCCCACACCACAGACGAUCAAACAUCAGUGCAUAGUGAAUCCAGAGUUCCAGGCUAACAAACAGGAUUAACAACUAUUAUUUCAGUUAAAUAUGCCAGUUGUAAGAUCAGUUGCUGUAAAACAAAGUCCAGUUUAGUGGCAUUGAGGGAAUUUCUCAUUAUCUGAUACUAGAGACACUGUUAAGCCACUUUGAAAUAUUGGCCUUUAUUACCCUCUAAAAAUACUCUGUUCAUGUGCAAUAACAAAUACAUUUGGAACUUAGAUGAUCCUAAGGCUCCCUUCCAACCCUAACCAUUCUAUGAUUCUGUGAUUAGGUAACUACAACUUACCAGUGUGUUCCCUAAUAGCUUGUUUCAUAGAUGAGAGCAUUCACACAUUGAUUUGUAUAAUGUUCAGAAGAAUGUGCAAUGUACAAUGUAACUUUUCUGAUAAACUCUUUUAAAAUAUAAAUCAAAACUAUGUAUGGUCUCAAUGGGCAGUAAUAGCUUUUAUAUAUAUUCUGUCUUUCAAGAUCAUUUGAAUUUAUAUCAUUCUGAAACUCUUCUUCCUUUCUGUGUCUUAGUAGCUGUAGAGCUACUAAUACUGGAGAACUGUACGUAGAAAACAACCUCAGGGUGACUUCACUAAAGAUCCUAAAGACAGAGCACUCCCGACCUGACAGAAAACAGUGUCUCAGCAGCCAAGUAGCCAUCACUUUCAGAACUGGAUUUAUUUAAUCCAUACAAUGAGGACUUCUGAACAUGCAGGAGAUUAUGUUCAUCAGACAUUUUGCAGGGAUCUCUGAAGAAAGAAAAGCUCUUCCAUAAAAGAAAGAAAGAAUCAAAUAGCAGCGGGAAAAUCUAAAAUACAGCAAUAAAUCCCCAACUUCCACAUUGC